GACCGACCAGCCAUGGCAUCGAGCGCAUCGUCCAGCAGCCCGUACUCCGUCGCCCUCGCCGUCUCCCUCGUUGCCGUCACGGUCGCAUGGGCCGGCACCGUCGGUGUCUUGGUUGGGAUGUACGCAUCGUCAUCGUCGUCGCGCGCAUCCAGUUCAACGGACGACAACGGCCGAGAGCCUUGCAGUACCAACAGGAGCAGUCGACGAGGACGUAACAUCUCUGUCUCGGAUGCUGGAGACGCCAAGAUCAUGGACAAGCAGGCCCUUGUCGAUGUCCGCAUUGGUGGCAUCCGCGCGCUAAUCCCUCCCGUGUGUUUGCUGGAAGAAGUGCCGCGCACGGUGCAGAUUGCACGCACCGUCAAUAAAGGACGUCAAGAGCUCAACAACAUCCUGCGCCGCGUGGACGAUCGCCUUGUCGUCGUCGUCGGGCCGUGUUCGAUCCACGACCCAAAAGCUGCCGUCGAAUACGCGAUGAAGCUCCGAGCACUUCGAGAUACCCUCGAAAACGAUUUACUCAUCAUCAUGCGUGUGUACUUUGAGAAGCCGCGCACGACGGUGGGGUGGAAAGGACUGAUCAAUGACCCGGACAUCGACGGCACAUUCAACAUCAACAAGGGCCUUCGACUAGCUCGGGAGCUCUUGUCUACCAUCAACGAGCUCGGUCUCCCGGCGGGAUGCGAAUUCCUGGACACAAUUUCUCCGCAAUUCUUCUGCGACCUCGUUGCGUGGGGAGCGAUCGGUGCGCGCACGACUGAAUGCCAACUCCACCGCGAACUCACAUCAGGGUUGUCGAUGCCGAUUGGAUUCAAGAACGGCACAGGAGGAUCCUUGCAACUGGCGGUGGAUGCAGUUGUGUCGGCCGCACAUCCGCACAGUUUUCUCGGUGUGAGCUCCCAUGGGCUCUCUGCCAUCGUCACCACCAACGGCAAUGAUAGCUGCCAUGUCAUUCUUCGCGGGGGCAGCACCGGCCCAAAUUACGCCAAGGAACACGUUGACAAGUGCUCGGAGCUGCUCAAGAAAGCCCACCAGUCUGACAAUAUCAUGAUCGAUUGCUCACACGGCAACUCGAAGAAGGACCACCGCAACCAGGCCGUUGUCGCUGCGGAUGUGGGAGCCCAAGUCGCAAACGGCGACGACCGCGUGAUUGGCGUGAUGAUCGAGUCGAAUUUGGUCGAAGGAGCGCAGAAACUGACGCCCGGUGUGCCACUCGAGUACGGCAAGAGCAUCACCGACGCAUGCAUUGGCUGGGACGACACAGUCUCGGUGCUCGAGGCGUUGGCACAGUCCGUGCGAGAUCGUCGCGCGGCGAAACAAGCCAAGUAAUUCAAGCUCAUCUCGAUUGCAUGUAGCCAUCGAGACCAUACGUAACACCAAGAAAACUCUAAACGAAUCUGCUGCAGUUGCGAACAA